AUGCCUAAAAAAACAUGCAUCCCUCUUCUCCUCCUUCCUCUGAUCUUCCUCCACAUUAUAAUCGGAGAGGCUCAACUUUGGCCUGGAUUCUAUAACACCACUUGUCCAGAAGUCGAAUCGACGGUUAGAGAAAUCAUGAAGAAUGCUAUCAUUAAAGAAACUAGGAAUGCUGCUUCAAUCAUGAGACUACAAUUUCAUGAUUGUUUCGUUAAUGGAUGUGAUGGUUCGUUGUUGUUAGAUGACACACCUACAAUGUUAGGAGAGAAAUUGGCUCUUUCAAAUAUAAACUCUUUGAGGCCGGAUUCAUUUGAAAUAAUUGAUGAAAUAAAGAUAGCUUUGGAGAAGAUAUGCCCUAGAGUUAUUUCUUGUGCAGAUAUCAUCAUCAUGGCUUCUAGAGAUGCCGUAGCUUUGACAGGAGGUCCAGAUUGGGAAGUCAAAUUAGGAAGAAAGGACAGUUUAUACGCAAGUCAAGAUGACUCUUCCAACAUCCUUCCAAGCCCAAGAGCCAAUGCCAACUCUUUAAUACACCUCUUUGCAAAGUUCAACCUCUCAACCGAGGACCUCGUGGCCCUAUCAGGGUCACACUCCAUUGGCAAAGCUCGAUGCUUUUCUAUCGUCUACCGCCUCUACAAUCAAUCAGGAGAAAGCACAAUCGAUCCACAUUACAAAAAGGAGUUACAUAAGUUGUGCCCUCGUGAUGGGGACGAGGAUAAGGUAGGUAACUUGGAUGCAACACCUACAGUUUUCGAUAACCAGUACUUUAAGGACUUAGUCGCCGGAAAAGGAUUCUUAAAUUCUGAUCAAACACUUUAUACAGUUGAAGAAACAAGGGAAUGGGUGGUGAAGUUUAGUGAAGAUGAAGGUGCAUUUUUUGAUGCCUUUGUUAAGGGCAUGUUAAAGUUGGGUGAUUUACAAUCGGGCCAGCCCGGUGAGGUCCGGAAGAAUUGUAGAGUGGUCAAUAGACAACGAGUUGACGUCGUUGUUGUAAAUGUCAUGGCGAUUGAAGCAAACACCAUCGAGGAAGAAUCGGAGAACAUGAAGAAAAUCAUUGAAAAGCUUGUCAAAGACGGCGAAGAAAAAGGAGCCCAAAUCAAACGACAAGAAGAAAAAAUUGCCAAUUUGACCAAGAAGCUUCAAAAACGUCCCAUUGACGAAACACACAAAAAUGGCGAAACCGAAAGUGAAGGCAAAAGCGAUGAAUCUAAGUCGAAUGCGAAGUCCAAGCCAAGAAGGAGAAGAAAUCCACAUGGUGAUUCAUUCUGCUUCCAACAAAUUCAAGAUAUGAUAGCAAAAACUAUCAAACACCAACUUGAUGGAAAUCCUGACGAAAGUGGUCAUUACAUCAAACCUUACACGGAAAGGAUUGAUGCCCUGGAGAUGCCUAACGCUUAUCAACCUCCCAAAUUCAUGUUCUUCGAUGGCAAAGGAAAUCCCAAACAACAUGUUGCACAUUUCAUUAAAAUGUGUAACAAUGCUGGCACCGAAUGGGACUUGCUGGUGAAGCAGUUUGUUCGAUCGCUAAAAGAAGUUGCCUUCGAUUGGUACACAGACGAAUUAGCUCCUGGAUCAAUCGAUAGUUGGGAUCAAAUAGAGAAAAUGUUCCUGAAUCGCUUCUUCAACACUCGUCGUAUUGUUAGCAUGCUGGAGUUGACACAAGCAAACCAGAUGGAAGGUGAACCGGUCGUGGAAUACAUCGAUCGCUGGCGGACGCUAAGUCUUCAAUGCAAGGAUCAUUUGCACGAAACUUCUGCAAUUGGCAUGUGCAUCCAAGGCAUGCAUUGGGACUUGGUUUACAUCUUACAAGGAAUCAAGCCCAAAAAUUUCCAGGAUUUGGCAACUCGAGCUCAUGAAAUGGAGAAUUCGUUAGCCAAUCAUGAAGAAAAGUAUGAUUAG